AUGCAGCAACGAAGAGCUACGUUGCCUAAGUUGAAGUACAAGUCCAAAGUGUUACACGCCAAAGUUUCGGCAUCCAUCAUGAGCGCACGGGCCCCUCGCAAACGGCUGCGAGGGAAGACUUCCACGGGAGCUGGCGGGCUCCUGAGUGCAGUGCCCUUCUUCGAGGAUGUGGCCGCGCCUUUGACGAUUGUGGACUUAGCCCGGCUGGCUGUCACCAACCGACACUUCCGUGCAAAGCCGUGGCCGCGGCUGGCCAUUCCAUGGAGGCAAGCAGCCUGCCGCCUGCGUGUGCCGAAGGAGGAGCUCAUGCCUUUGCUCGACCGUCUUGGGGGAAGACUGUGGGGACCCGUGCGAGUGCGUGCGGCAGCGACGGCCGUUGGAUCUGCAGACUUCUCCCGGCUGGUGGCGUGGGCUGAGGAGGAUGCGCAUCGUGCAGCUUGGAUCCUUACGGCCGUGCUUUCAGGCUGGUGGAAAGACAUCGAUGGCCACAGCCAUACCGUGCGCUCAUUGGCUUCGGCCUUGACCGCGCAGGUGCGCUCUGGGCACUUUGUGCCUUUGUCCACCGCGUGCCUUGUGUCGGCGAUGAUCCGCCGAGGCGACGAAGCAACAGAGGAAGUCGACGCAACGCUGAGCCAAGCAGGAAUUGCUGACGUGUUGCUGCGCUUGCUGCAAGAUGGCCCCGUGAUCGCACAGAGAGUUGCGCUGGAAGCUAUCUGCACUUCUUGUGAGUGGGGCUGCGACCCGCUCAGCUUCAUACCGAACGGUGCUGUUCCAGUUGUCGUCUCCAUCGCUCAGGCCGGUUGUAGUGAGAACAUGCUGGCAGCUUUGAGAGUACUGGGCAAGUUCGGUGAAGGUGAAGCCGAGUUCCCCGAAGUUGUGUUUCCUCUGCUUGUUGAUCUCCUGGCCCAUGAAUCCGACGACGUCAAGGAGGAGGCUACAAGUGCUCUCUGGUUCAUUGUGCACAAUCGUGAAAGCUAUGCUCGCCAAGCAUGUGAGCAUGGCUGUCUCCCGAGCUUGCUGGCCCAAUUGCGCAACCCGAAGAUCUUGCUUCAGCAUCCUCUGUUUUGCCUGGAGGCCGUGCUGAAGCUGGCAUCGAUGCGGCCCGUGGCCGUCAAGCUGGGGCUGAUUGAGCUCUUGUUUCAGAGCCUUGAGGAGGAGGAAGACGGCUUCCAUCUUGAAGUCAUCCUGGAACUUCUGGAGACAUGUGCCGCCUACGUGCCACAGGCGUUGCAGCAGCUUACGCGGGUCCGCAGAACUUCGACAGUUCGAAGGAUCGUAGCCAUAGCAAGGAUGCCGGAGCGUUCGCAUGGGGCAGAGGCGAGGAAGCUGCUUCAGCUCCUUGCCCAAGCAAACCCGCAUAUGACCAGGUUGAUUCGGCAAGCAGGCUACCAACUCUGA